CUGUUUUCGUAUCUGCUUUAGAACGGAUUCAACCGCCAACUAAGUUACGUUUUGCUAUGUCACGCUGAGGAAGUUUGAGACCAGUUUAUUUAUAGAAAACUGGAUUCGUGUGAGCAGAGAUACAGAUGCCGCCGGGUUUGUGAACUGAAAUGAGAGCGCGUCGUGGUCUUUGAAGGGAAUUCCUGUAUAUUUGUGAGCCGCUUGUUGUUACUGUAUAGCUAAGGUGAAGCCAGAAGCCUCAUGUUUUCGUCAAGCCAAGAGGAGCACUGCGCCCCGUCUAAAGACCCGGUGAAAUACGGAGAGCUGGUGGUUCUGGGGUACAAUGGCUCUCUGCCCAACGGAGAUCGGGGUAGACGGAAAAGCAGAUUUGCGCUAUACAGGAGGACCAAAGCCAACGGUGUUAGGCCAAGCACUGUGCAUAUCCUCAACACUCCCCAGGCCAGCAAGGCCGUGAACUGCAAAGGCCAGCACAGCAUCUCCUAUACGCUCUCCAGGAACCAGACGGUAGUGGUGGAGUACAGCCAUGACAAAGACACAGACAUGUUUCAGAUUGGGCGUUCCACCGAGAGUCCCAUAGACUUUGUGGUCACCGACACAAUAGCAGGAGGCCAUGAGGGAGAGGAGACGCCUAUCACCCAGAGCACCAUCUCCCGCUUUGCCUGCCGAGUUGUGUGCGAGCGCAACCCGCCCUUCACGGCUCGCAUCUACGCAGCCGGGUUCGACUCUUCCAAAAACAUCUUCCUUGGGGAAAAAGCUGCUAAAUGGAAAAACCCUGACGGUCACAUGGACGGCCUAACAACCAAUGGCGUACUUGUAAUGCACCCCAAGGGGGGGUUCACAGAGGAGUCUAAGCCGGGCGUAUGGAGAGAGAUCUCUGUUUGUGGGGAUGUUUACACGCUGAGAGAAACCCGCUCAGCACAGACCCCAGGCAAACUGGUGGAGAACGAGAGCAACAUACUGCAGGACGGCUCCCUGGUGGAUCUCUGCGGUGCCACUCUGCUGUGGCGUACUGCCGAGGGCCUCUUCCACACUCCCACCCAAAAGCACCUGGAGGCCCUCAGGCAGGAGAUCAACGCGGCCCGACCCCAGUGCCCCGUGGGCCUCAACACCCUCGCCUUCCCCAGCAUGCAACGCAGCCGGGCCCUCUCAUCUCUGGAGGACAAGCAGCCUUGGGUGUACUUGGCGUGCGGCCACGUGCACGGUUAUCACAACUGGGGCCACCGGUCGGAGCAGGAGCCCAACACUCAGCGAGAGUGCCCCAUGUGCCGCGUCGUGGGGCCCUACGUUCCGCUGUGGCUGGGCUGUGAGCCGGCCUUCUACGUGGACACCGGCGCACCCACACACGCCUUCGUGCCGUGCGGACACGUGUGCUCGGAGAAGUCGGUGAAGUACUGGGCCGAGAUCCCCCUGCCCCACGGCACCCACGCCUUCCACGCCGCCUGCCCCUUCUGUGCCACCCAGCUCAGCCUCACUCAGGGCUGCUCCAAGCUAAUCUUCCAGGGCCCGGUGGACUGAACUGAAGGGUCCUGCUCUGGCAGAGCAAGAUUAGACAGGAAUGCCAACAUGCUGUGAAACUGUUCAGAUAAUUUUGUGCUUUCUUUUGUUCAUGUAAAAUUCCAGCUGUGGAAAGAAGUAAGCCUUUUCAAGUUCUGGUCAUAUACUGUGGAUUCUGCACAACGGGGAGCCAUUACAGAUGGUUCAGGGCCUUUUGUGGCCGUUUGGUCGGCCACUGUGGGAUACAGAGAUGUGGAGCACACUGGACCACAAAUGCCUGGCUCCCUCGGAAUGAGAUACAGUUUUAGCUGUCCUGCCAACCAUCCGCUUUAAACAAGGCUCCAGCUACGGGCCAUUUACAAUGCCUGCUGGUUUUCCAUCAGAUGGCUUCGAAAAAUUAAGGUUGCAGAAGAAAUGAACUGAUUUUACUCGUGCAGCAGACUGAAACAAAUAACAGUGAACAGGUGUAGCCGGGUCCGUUGGGAAGGAAAGGGGGGGGGGGGGUUGGAUAGUACACUUCCUGGUGGGCCUGAGAUGAAGUUUUUACAGAGCCAGACAGCUGGACUGUUGGCUGGGAGAGAAGCCAGGAGAAACUCCUGGUUUAAUGGCUAACUAGUUUAAAUGCUCCCCAUUGGCCUCUUGGCCCUUAACCCCUACUGGCAUCCAAAUCAUGUAGCUCUCCGGAGGUGGCUUCCAUUUGUCGAAAAAACUUAUGAGGGAGGGGAAUGAGACUUUUUUUGUGUACAGAGAAAUAACCCAGUGCCUCAAAUCCCAUUGAACUAUGGGAAUAUUUUUCAUAGCUGAGAAUAGAUAUUUUGUUGACGGUAAAGAGAGAGAUAGUUUUGCUUACAGAAGACAAAAGGACAACCCACAUGGAUUCUGACACAAGAGGUAUUUUACUACACUGAGGCCCUUGUACUGUUUUGUAAUGCAAAUGUUAAUAUAUUUUUCUCCUGCAUAUAUAAUGUGUGUGUGUGUGUGUGUGUGUGUGUGUGAGAACGUUUGAGUGUAUGCGUGCAUGUGUGAUCGUGUGUGUGUGGGUUGGACUGUGUGGGUGCCCUUGGGCCGCUUAAAUGGCCCUGCAUCAUUUCACCCCAAUCCCCUUUCUAUGAUCUCGCCCACCACCCAGAACGCUACCAGAGAGAACACAGGAAAUCAAACAAGGUCGCAGGGUUUGACAAUGAAUGUACUGAAAUACAUCGACUCUCCUCGCCGGUGGUGCUCCAGUUAUACCACGUGCUUUCUCAAGGGCUGUUAAAGGUAUAGCUAAGGCCAGUUUGCAGUUAAACUGAAAACUUCACAGCUAUAUACAUCAACCACACCUGCUUCCCAGCCAGCUAUCUGCGUCCCUACCCUGCGCACAUGUACUGAAUUCAAUCUGCACUGUUGUUAGCUUUAUCCCCGCGCUGGGUCUGAUCCAAUGAUUUAUACGCUGUCAAACCUGGGCACAGUCUCAGCGGCAUCCAGAGAUUAUACCAAAUAUAAGGAGGGGCUGUUUCCUCUCCACAUGCAAGAUGCGACGGCCACUCUUCCUCGAUCCAAAGUGUUUCCGCAAACAAUCCUAAACCCAAACUGCUGCUAUGGUGGAAUGUUGACAGCUCUGGAUUACAGUCGAGGCUGUUUAGCAGCUCCAUGGGAACAAUGAUAUUAUCACACUCCAUGCCAAAUUUGGUAAGUUCUAUUGUGUGUGGAUGAGUCAAGUUGUCUGAAACAAAAGUAGCAGAUGAAUUUAGACUGAAGAAUCUGGGACGAAUCUGUGCAUUCUUCUGUGAUGUUGGCUUUCCAGACUGUGCCCAUACGUAGAGUGUAGUUAAAGGCGUCGGUUCUUCACUAGCUUAUCCAAUACAAUAGUGAGCAUUAAAACUAUGGGACGGCGACGUCUCUUUUUUUUUUUAGCAUCUAAUUUUUUCAUUUUUUUUUUCUUUCCCAGGAUAUUUUACGAUGAAUAAAAUGUCAGAGGUAUCGCUGAGGGGCGAAGUCUGCCUUCGUUAAGGGCUCCGAGACUCGAUUUCAGCAGCAGCAGCGGUAGUGGUGGACUGCUGGAGCGUUUUUGUUUUCGGCCCCCUCUUAGAGAAACAUACUUUGCGUUCUUAAAAACGUCAGCAGCAUUAAACUUCUCUCACACCACUGAGCUCGAGUUCUGCAGGCUUUAUGUAACCGCCACGCUGGGUCAAAGCCACAUACUGUACAGUAGCAUUCCCUUCUAACACUUUCAGCUCAAACACUGUGCCCAUUGCUCAAGACCGUGUUCUGUAACAGCUGCCGAGUAGCUGCCUCAAACAUUCCUCCUUGGUAAACAUGGGUGGGGCCCGCAGUUCACCCAAGGGCUUGUUCUAUGAUUUUUGUCUCCCAACAGGAACUCUGUACACAAGCCAUAGAACGCACUGAUGCUCCCAAUGCCUCCUUUGCAAAGAAUAAAAUAUUUUUUAAAAACA